UACUUCUCUGCUUUCUCACGCAUCGUCCAAAAGAAAAACCCAAAUCAUCGAACAAAUCAAACCUCUCAAUUCUUUUUCUCUGCGAAAACCCCUAAAAAAAUCCAAAAACAAAGAGAGAGAGAGCACAAGCUUCCCCCCAAAAAGCUUCUCCCUGAGUGUUCUUCAGUCUCAGUCACUUUGUCAGGGCAGAAGAAGAAGAAGAGGAGGAGGAGGAAGAAGAAGUUCCCAUAAAUCACUCAUCGUCUUUCCAGUUUCACUCUGUGAUUCCUUCAUCAGUUCAUUCACUAGUAGCUUCUGCUUCUCUGUGCUUCAUUUCGAUUCCCUUUUUCGGUGAUGUUACUACACUGCUUUUGUCAUUGUUCUUUGUUGGAAAGAGCCAUUUGCAGUUCGCUUUUGCAUCGUCUUUGUUCUUGCUUCCCGCCCACGCUCAUUUCAGGAAUGGUUUCUUCGGCGUUUUGAUCCAAAUCUAACAGAUCUGACGUGUCGGUGAUGUCGGUGCUUGCGGCUUCCAUCACCGCGGGUAUAUUGGAACAGGUCUCUUGCCGGUUUGCAAAGCAGUUCAUUUUAUUGUGGUUUGUGAUUUCCAUAACCAAUGCCAAUGUCCCCGAUAUACUACCAGGACCUUUGGUUGCACCCGCUACCAGUGCUAUGCCUCUACCUGCAAAAUUGCCUCUUCACCAAUCCCACCACCGAAAAUAUAUGUCACCACAGAGCGCGCCAAUAGCUGGACUAGCACCAGCGUCUUCUCCUUAUUAUGGGCCUCUUAUCACUUCUGGUCACCCACCCAUAAGUUCAAGUUUUUCAAAACCACUGAUGAAGAGUGGAUCAGCUCCUCCUGGUGGUAGCCUUGAAAACAUUGCUCCCAUACAGUCCAGUGCUGGCGCUAUUCCCUCUGGCUUACCUCAGCCACCACUUUCCCCUAAUGCAGCAGCAGACUGUUGCAAACCUGACAUGGUGCAGAAGCGAGGAAGCGGUGAUGACUGCCAUUGUGUCUAUCCCCUAAAAAUUGAUCUCCUCCUCUUGAAUGUAUCACAGAAUCCUAAUUGGAAACUUUUUCUCGAAGAGUUAGCUUCGGAACUUCGUUUACAAGUCUCUCAGAUUGAGCUGAUAAACUUUUAUGUACUUAGUUUAUCGAGGUUAAAUAUCUCAAUGGACAUUACUCCCCACUCUGGGAUCAGCUUUUCUGCAGUUGAUGUGACUGCAAUAAACUCUUCACUUAUAAUGCACAAGGUUCGUCUAGACCCGACACAGGUUGGUGAUUACAGUCUUCUCAAUAUUACCUGGUUUAAGCCUCCGCCUCCUUCUGAAGCUCCUCUAGCUUCUGCAUCACCAGUAGAAGCUCCAGCAUAUCAUUUUCCAGCUUCAACAUCACUCAGUUCUCCUAGUAAAGGACACCAUUCUAAUCUGACACUUCUUGGUAUUGGCGCUGGUUUUCUGUUCCUUGCCAUUCUAUUUGUGUUGAUAAUUUGUUUAUGCAAAUCUCAUCGUGGGAAAACUGCUGAAGCACCUCCAUUAGUACCAGAAAAAUCAAGGGUCACGGACAAAGCGCCUGGGGUAGGAUCUUUCUCUCAUCCAUCUAGUAUGAGAUUUCUAACUUAUGAAGAGCUUAAAGAAGCAACUCAUAACUUUGAAGCAGCAAGCAUACUGGGGGAGGGUGGUUUUGGCAGGGUUUAUAAGGGUGUCUUAAGUGAUGGCACAGCCGUUGCAAUCAAGAGGCUUUCAAGUGGUGGGCAACAAGGCGACAAGGAGUUUUUGGUUGAGGUUGAGAUGCUUAGCCGGUUGCAUCAUCGAAAUCUCAUCAAACUCGUUGGCUACUACUGUAACCGCGACUCUUCACAAAACCUGCUAUGCUAUGAACUUGUUCCAAAUGGAAGCUUGGAGGCCUGGCUCCAUGGUCCUUUGGGUGUUAAUUGUCCUUUGGAUUGGGACACCAGGAUGAAGAUUGCACUGGAUGCUGCUCGAGGGCUUGCUUACCUUCACGAAGACUCGCAACCGUGUGUGAUACACCGAGACUUUAAGGCAUCGAAUAUACUGCUCGAGAACAACUUCCAUGCCAAAGUUGCCGACUUCGGUCUUGCUAAACAAGCUCCGGAAGGCAGAGCUAAUUACCUUUCUACUCGUGUGAUGGGCACAUUUGGGUAUGUCGCCCCCGAGUAUGCAAUGACUGGCCAUCUACUUAUUAAAAGCGAUGUUUAUAGCUACGGAGUUGUACUUCUCGAGUUGCUUACCGGAAGGAAACCUGUAGAUAUGUCACAACCAUCAGGUCAAGAGAACCUGGUCACGUGGGCGAGGCCGAUUUUGAGAGACAAGGAACGGUUGGAAGAACUUCCUGAUCCACGACUUGGAGGGAAGUAUCCAAAGGAAGAUUUUGUGCGGGUGUGUACCAUUGCUGCAGCCUGCGUCGCUCCGGAGGCUGGCCAACGUCCGACAAUGGGUGAAGUUGUACAGUCUCUUAAAAUGGUGCAACGUGUGACAGAGUACCAAGACUCCAUGGCGGUACCAUCCUCCAACAACCGAACCAAUCUUAGACAGUCGUCAACAACUUUCGAGUCCGAUGGAUCCUCUUCAGUGUUCUCUUCCGGACCUUAUUCUGGUUUAAGCACUUUUGACAACGACAAUGUAUCUCGGACAGCAAUUUUCUCCGAAGAUCUUCACGAGGGACGAUGAAAGUCUUGAAAGAAAGGUAACUAGGAAUCUCACAUGAAUUGGUAGAAUCCCCCACCAUCUCUCUCUCUCCCUCUGCCUCCUUUGUAAUGGUGAUUGUGGAGAACUGCUGUUUCAAUUUUCCCAUGGCAGUGUUGCUUGUUCUCAAUGUGAUGCAUAGAUUUUGUAAAUAUGUGUUCUUGUAGCUUUGUUUAAUGGAUCAUUUUUGCUUCUGAUU